CAACCCAUACCUGCUGGGAAAGAAGAACAAGAAUCGCUCCAUUUCAUCAAGCGGCAUUCGGGUAGCUCACUCGUACAUACAAAGCGCUUGUACAUCGACGAGGAUGUACGUACGUUGUAAAGCGCGAUCAAACGUCAUGUACGCCCGCAGGGCCCGCCCUGGAGCGCCAUUUUGGAGCGCGAAACCGGAACCUGGGCUGCGUCAGUCAAAUCAGUCGCUAGUGGUCGAGUGUUUGUUCCAAGACUACAUCAUCGUGAGGAGAGAGGGACAGGUGGGAAGUGAGAGAGAGAGGGAGGACGAGUACACGUUCACGCAUGUGUGCGUGCGUGCGUCCAUUCUCUAUCCGUCCAUCAUCAACCCAGCCAGUCUCAGGCGCGACAGAGCGUUGGCCGAGGGCGAGCCUUGCAGAGGCGUCCGAUGUGCGGAGCUGUUGGCGAUGCACUGCGAUGUGGCGGUGAUGACAGGGGGCGCAGCACUGUGCUUGGCGGCGGUGAUGACGGCAGUAAUCGAUAGUCAUGAUGAUGAUGAGGUACGUGAUCCUUGGCGGACAGCGGACGGCGUACGACGGGUGAAAGCGGUGUGUGUAUGUAUUCAGGGAGCUGCGAACAAGAUCGGAUCGUGGAAGCUCUCAAGCGAAAAAAGAGAAUACGCGCGGCCAAGCGCACAGCCGGUCGGUUCCGCCUCCGAUCGUUGAGCGACGUUCCAACAGCAUAGCCAAAAGAAGAAAAACAGAUGUGGUGGUGGACAUGAAACUGAGGAAGGAAGAGUGUGCUGUGGGGUCGUUCUUGUCAUCGCAGAGAAAAGCAGGACAAUGGCAUGGGCGGGGCAGGAGACAAAAGCUGCACCUGCUCGCCCGCUCGUGACCCCCUUUCCUGCCAUUGCUGCGCUAUCGUGCCUUGCUGAUCAG